AUGCUGCGCGUCUUUGGCCGGCGGCUGCGCCUCGCGGCGCCCCCCGCCGGUACUCCCGCCCCGAUGGUCUGCCCGCUGGACCUCGCUCUCACCGGAACCGCGUGGGCUCGCUUCCUGAACGAGCUGCUCACGUGCGGGCUCCUCGACGCGGCCCCCUUCUCCUCUUCGGCUGCACUACAGCUGGCGAUCGACCGCCUCGAUGUGUCGCCAGCGGCGCUGGAGGCCGGCGGCGGCUGCGCGCGCGGCCCUACCUUCUCGCCAGCGGCUGUCUCCGCGUACGGCCUCCCCCCGAGUGCUAACCCGCAACUACUGGCGAGCUAUUUUAAGGACUACGUGCUCGCGCUGGAGGGCGCGCUGCCCCCUUCGCUCUGCGCCCCCAACGUUGCGGGGCCGCAGUGGCUGGAGGAGGCGCGCGAUGCGGCGACCUACUUGCGCGGCGACGCUGGCCGCCGCAGCGUCGAGGAUAAGCGCCUCUACCUGCUCGCCCCCGGCGCCCCGCUACUGUUCUCAGUCCCCGCCUGGGUGAGGCGUUAA